AUGCCACCGCGACCGACGAACGUCCGGCGUCGCGAGACGUCUACGGGCGAUUUUCAUGAGCUCGGUGUCAAGGGCCGAAAAACCGGUAUUGAAUUGCCUGACACCGGUGUACGCGAUGAACAUGGCAUGCAGCCCAUUGAUGGGCUAUUUUCCUCGCCAGAAAAGGAUGGCGGAUCACCGGGCGACGAUGCCACGAGAGGCGAGCAAGAUAUGGAGCUUGACUCUGAUACCGGAGCUGGACCUGCGACCAUUUUGAAGGGCCACCCCCGGUUGAUCCCCCGUGGAACCUCGCCACGGAAGACGAACCUUUCUUCACCUGCAGUACGACAUCCCAAUUUUGGCGUUUCAUCUUCACCGACUCGAGGAUCUCCCUACCGAGGCUCCCCUCCUCAAUCGCACUCUCAACCCGUCCGUGGGGAGUCCGUUUCUCGUCGACUCGAUUAUGGUGCUUCGGAACGACAUGGCGCUGGCCUAAAUGGAAAACGUGCCAAUGGAAUUAAUGGACGCGCGCGCUCUACCGAAGAUGACGAGGAUGAGCCUGUAGCAAAUGGGUCGCCAGUCGAUGAUGGUGGUGAAGAAUCAAUGCAAAUGGUAGGCAUGGAUGGGGGCGAUCAACCCGAGCCGGAAUCCGAGGUGGAGGCCCCCGAUGUGGAACAAAAUAAUGUCGAAGAAUCAGAGGAGGAGGCACCUAAGCAAGCAGUCAAGCGUAAAGGACGACCACCCAAAGCGAAGGCGCCUGUUAUUGAGGAGGCUGAGAGAGAGUCUUCGGAUGCCCCCGAACCUGAGGAUGAACCAGCACCACCGAAGAAGAGAGGACGUCCGGCUAAGGGCAAAGGGAAGGCCACGGCCGACGAUGUUGAGCUCGAACCGGAGGUCAACGCUCCCAAGCGCAGGCGCUCACGGAACUCCAAGGGCAACGAGGACGAGCAUGGGAGAGAGGAGGCGGAGGAUCGCGCCUCUAAACGUCAGCGCACAGAAGUUGAGACCGCAAAACCUGGCAAGCGUGGACGGCCCAAGGCUACUGCUCCAGUGGAAGCGGCUGAGGCAUCGACCAAGCAAGCCGCCAAACCUGCUGCCAAACCUGCCGCCAGGGGCAGGCCGGGGCGCAAGCCUCAAGCUGCCGUUGGAGAUGAUUCAAUCGUCGGAUUGGUGCAGAAGGGACCUCCCAUGCCGAAGGCUCGUGGCUUGGUCUCUCAGAAAAAGCAGCAAGAUCCUCAUACUAUCACAAAGACAAGAUCUGGCCGCCAAUCGUACCGCCCACUGGCGUACUGGAAGAACGAGCACGUUACUUAUGACGACGACGAAGCUUUCGAGGCUGGCAAGAAAGACAGGUUUUUGCUACCCAGCAUCAAGGAGGUUGUUCGUGUCGAGGAGGAGCAGGAAGCACGCAAGAGGAGGACGAGGGGUCGGAAGCCUGGAAAGGGCAAACGGCGACAAGAUGAUUCCGAGGAUGAAGAAGAACCGGAGCCAUGGGAAAUGGAUCCCGGCAACAUUGAAGGCGAAAUCGUCGUUUGGCAGCCUGAACACGAAUUCAACCCGCCUGCUAUUAACGAGCAAGUCGAGAUCGACGAGGACCGCAUUGCCGUAUCGGCGAGCGCCAUCCAGACGCGUGAUAUUCGGGACGCUACCUUCCGCUUCGCAAAGACACUCAGUUUGCCCUUCUUUGGUUCAGGCGUUGUUGACCUUCCGCCUGGCGCAGAGAAGCGACCCAAAAACUCGCGUAAGAUGCAGAUGGUCUUUUUCGUAUUCCAGGGCAAAGUUCUGGUGACGGUUCACGAGACGCAGUUCAGAAUUGGUGCUGGUGGAAUGUGGUUUGUGCCGAGAGGAAACUAUUACAGCAUCCACAAUGACUACGAGAACCCAGCACGUAUCUUUUUCGCCCAGGGCUGCGAAGUGAGCAACAUGAUGGCUGGGACACCGGGUCCCUCGCAAGAUACUACCAUUAUGGGCUGA